GGACCUCAGACCGGGUCCUGGAUGCGCGCGGCAGAGCGCGUCUCCUCUGGAUCUGGACCCAGAUAUGCGCACAUGAACCGGAUCACCUCUAAUCCCGGACCGGGUCGUUUCUGACACAGUGGAUCCUCUGGUUCUGGUCUGAUGCUGAUUCACGGAAAACUGGCUCUGUUGGCACUGGUUCUGCUCCGAUGGACCCGGGUGGACGCGGGUCCUCCUGAAUGUGACCCGGACCAGGUUCUGCUGCAGGAGGAGAAGGACUGUGAGGAGCAGCUGAGGAGCAACAGAACCCCGACCGGACCCGAACCCGAACCAGGGUGCUGGGGCUGGUGGGAUCAGAUCCACUGUUGGCCAAACGCUGCCGUCGGAGCCGUCGUUUCUCAGUCGUGUCCACGGUUCCUCCUUUCAUCAGGGAGGGUCUUCAGGAACUGCACAGACCAGGGUUGGACCGACAUCUACCCUCCACACGACGAAGCCUGUGAAUAUGGACUGAACAUCAGCCUCCCAGUGGACGUGUUCCAGGCUCACAGGUACUUCCUGUUGGUCCGGGUCGUGUACUCUGUGGGUUACGCCAUUUCCCUGACGUCGCUCAGCAUCGCCAUUUCUGUCCUCUGUCUGCUCAGGAGACUUCACUGCACCAGGAACCGCAUCCACAUCCAGCUCUUCCUGUCCUUCAUCCUCAGGGCAGCGCUCAUCUUGAUCAGGGACUCGGUUCUGUUCUCCUCAGAGGAACACUUCCACUGUGGCGUCCAGCCGAUGGGCUGUAAACUGGUGACGGCUCUGUCUAAUUACUGCAUCCUGGUGAACUACAGCUGGCUGUUGGCUGAAGGUCACUACCUCUACAGUCUGGUCGCUGUGUCCAUGUUCUCUCAGAGGAGGCGUCUGCUGUGGUACAUCGUCUUCUGCUGGGGUUCUCCUCUGAUCAUCAUGAUGUCGUGGAGCUUAGCCCGGUAUCUUUAUGAGGACGACAGCUGCUGGGAGACGAGGAGGAUGGAGUGGAUCUGGUGGAUCCUCAGACUUCCUGUCCUGGUUUUCAUCACGGUGAACCUGCUGUUCUUCAUGGGUAUCGUCAGGAUCCUGGUGAACAAACUGAGGACGCAGGACACGCCUGGUACUGAGUUCAGCCGCUACAGGAAACUGGCCAAGUCCUCCUUCCUCCUGGUGGCGCUGUUAGGUUUGCAUUACAUCAUCUUCGCUUUCCUUCCUCGCACAGUCAGCGAUAGAACAUACGAGGUGUGGAACUCCGUGGAACUGGCUUUUGCGUCCACUCAGGGUUUCAUUGUGGCAGUUUUGUACUGUUUCCUGAACGGAGAGGUGCAGAAUGAGAUCCAGAGGAGGUGGAGGAGGUGGAGGCUGAUGCAGCGUCUUCCAUCCAGGAGACAGUGUGGAUCCAUGAGUCAGAGUGGAGGAGGAGCCAGCAACUCCACCAACACCAUCAACGCUGCCAACACCACUCUGCUACUGAAGACACAGCUGAGUGUCCCAGUGUAAACAACAAAACAACACAAUGAAAUGACACCAGGUGUGAAAUGUGGGGUGAAGACACAAACUGAACCUCAUCUCUGGCAUUAAGCUUAAGAACAGACUGUUGGAAAAAUGUAUUGUUCACUUUGUUUGUGUCAAAUAAACUUCAUGAGUUGUAUCUGUAGUUUAACUCCAGAAAUAAAGACGACCAGAUAUUUGACUUCAUACAGUAAAUGUAACGUAAAUGAAUCUGAAAAAAAAAAAAAUCAUUUUUGGAUCAAAGAAUUCAGAAUGCCAGUACUUUUAUUUGACUAUUUUCGUUUCUUGUCAUUGUCUUGAAGAUUUAUUUUAAUGUCUUAUGAUUUAGUUAUGUGACUUGCAGUUCCCUAAUAACCUAGUCCAGAUUUAAAUAGUCUAGUGCAGUGAUUUUAGAUCUACACAUUAGACCUGGUCUAAUGUGGUCCAGAUGUGAAAAAACAGGAAACCUUUCUGUAUUUGCAAAUAUAAUAAAGGUUUUGUACAUUUCAGACCCACCAAGCCUUUAGCUCAACACUCUUAGAGCAUUCAGAGGUGGAAGGAAGAGAAGAAGUUGAUUAGUCUCUGCAACUUCAGUUUCCAUCACUUCCUCUUUAACUUCGACUCUUGAUGUUGACGUCGGCAUCAGCGUCGUCUUCAGUUCUGCAGUGUUUCAGUAUCUGCUGCAGUCGAUGUGUUUCUGUUGUUAUGUUUUCUUGUUGCUAAUCUGUCCGGGACAAACAGGAAGUGAAUUGAUGCUUUCAGUUGGAUCCAGACCAGCUGAGUCAGGACCUGAUGACCGCUGUCACCCAUUUAUACACAAAUGAACCAAC